UACAUAAAAAAUUGUUAAAAUUACUUACACGAUGUACGCAUUACUUCGCCGAUUUGCGGGGGCCGCCUCUACCCCCACCAAAAAACUGAGAUGUUACUCUUCCUUCACGCCGAGAGAUGUGCUGCGGGACACCGCCGAUGAGGCCGGCACGCUGCUCACACGGUUUGCCAAACACAUCGCUCUGGAGCGGUACAAGGAUAAAGAACAUGUGCUGCCUCCGACGACAGUGCGGUAUGCCGACUAUUUUCCAAUCACAGACGGUCGCUACUUCCAGCGAUCUGUGGAGAAGACAGAUGCUUCACAACUGCCAGCGCUGAUCAUUCUAGCUUCAAGCUAUCGUUCGAAUGCAGCUCUUCCUAUGUAUGUAACCGCUCUAAACACAUUGGAUGCACAUGCUGUGGCACAGCUCGCAAAGAUGGACACCUCAACAGUGCUUGAAACGCUGUAUUCAUUCCUUUUCCUCAUACCAAACUGGCUGAAAAGAACGGAUUUUCAUCAGGAAGCAGUGCGCAGGCUGGCUAUGGAGGAUUUCCACGACAACAAAGAGCGGUUUCUGCAAGUUUGCUUUUACAUGGGACUGCAAAAGAAGCAGACGACAUCAAACGAUUUUCAAGAGCUUCUGGAGGAGCAGCUUCCAAAGCAUUUGCCAGCCCUAAGUGAACUGGAUCUCGCUCUGAUAAGCAAUGCCGCCUACAAGACGUCCACUGUGAUUAAGGGCACUGCGAAAGAGGCUUAUGACACAACUUUGGCUAAUGCCGUUUUGAGUUUGAAGCUCACUUCAGAAAGCUCUGCCCUGUUAAUAUCUUUCAUCAAGGCUAUGCGGCUGCAGCGUGUGCGAGACGAACGAGUGUGCCAGCAUCUGCAGCAAAUUUGUUUGGACUCUGCGCAAAUAACUCAGAUUGAACCCAGAGGAUUGGGACACAUUUUUGCAUUUUUUGCCGAACAACUUUGGGACCAAGAAGAAUGUCUGUCCGUCAUAGUGGAGCGGCUAAUGGGCUCUCUCAAGCCAGGAGACUUGAGGCCCAAAGACUUGGCCACAUUUCUGUGGUCUUGCGCACAACUCAAUUGCCAAUUGUCUGCUGCGCAGCUCAGACAGCUCGAGCUGGCUGCCCUUCGAAAACUCGAUCAUGGCGAGUAUAAUUUUUACCCAGACAACCUGGUAGAUACCUGCCUAUCCCUGUACACGUUGGGGCAUUACUCAAAGGAUUUGAUAGACGCCGCCGAAGAACUGAAGGCCACGCAACAUCGCCAGAAAGCACAACCCAAAGUGGACAGCCGGCUAACAGUCCUGCGCUCGGCUGUGGCCAUCGAACAUCCAUCACUGGCAAAAUUGAAAACCGAACAGGUGUUCAAGGAGUUUACCCGGGCCCCUGGAUAUUUGCUCAAGGAACGGACGGACUUUACCAAGUACGCCGAGCAGUUAGGUCUAGAUGCUGAGGUGGAGGGCGUUGAUCUAGUCUGCCCCAUCAGUGGCAUCAAUAUCCCCAGCCUGCGAGUGCAGACAAUGGGCGGCCAGGCGAGCGUCUACUUUGUGGAACUACUCACUCCACAACAAACUUUAAGGUUUAGCAAGAAACCCACGUCCUUGAUCCGCCUAAAGCAGCGGCUCUUGGAAUCCUUAGGUCAAAAAGUUGUUUUGCUGCACUCCGGAAAUAUGGCGACCAGUGCCAAGGAACUUCAAAAGCUCCUACAGCCAGCGGUGGAGAGGAUACAAGAUACUGAGGUCGUCCAAGGCCUGAGCAACUAAAUUGUGUGAUAUCGAGGCUGAUACCAGAGGCUUCAUAGGCUAGUUACAGAUUGUAGCUUUAUUUAACAAUGUUUUAUGUACGUGUAAAUAUUAUUUAAAUAUUAAUAGCACUAAACGUAAUGUUCAACAAAAAUGUAUAAUACAAGGAAUGGGUAAUGGUAA